AUGCUGUUCUCUUCAUAUUCUUCGCUCUCAUGGCGAUUAUUGCUCCGCUCAUCGACGGCCAAACAGUUCUUCCCGGCGUUCUUGGUUGAUCUGAAUCGAUGGUACAUGGCCGAGUUCGGAGAUUAUCUAUCCAUGGAGAAGCCUCAUUUCCUCGUUGGUUUAAUCUGGCACGAGCUUUUGCUUCUUUGGCCGCUCUCGAUCGUCAACAUCUACGCAGUUCUUGCCGGAAAAUCGUUGUUCGGUUACCACCUCCAUGUUGUACGGAGCUUCUGUCCUCACUUCUAUGGCUGCUAUAUUGGGAGAGAUGAUAGGUUCAAGGAAGGCAUCUGA